GUUUGAUGGUGUGAAUAUAUUUGCUCCAUUUGCUCAUACUGUCAGCAUCGAUGUUUGUCAUCGACUGCUUUGGUCUGAAUCAGCGUUGUAGGAAGAAAAACACAAGUGAAGCUAGCAGCCGCAUUUCAGAGUAUUCAGAAUUACCAGAGGCUGCCGGUCAUGGGGUUGACCAAGCAGUACCUGCGCUAUGUGGCCAGCGCAGUGUUUGGAGUCAUUGGGAGCCAGAAAGCCAACAUCGCAUAUGUGACCCUCCGAGGAGGAGAGAAGGGGCGCUAUGUCGCCGUGGCUGCAUGUGAACAAGUGUUCAUCUGGGACGUCCGGAAAGGAGAGAAGGUCCUGAUCCUGCAGGGUCAGAAACACGAGGUGACCUUCCUCUGUGCCUCGCCCGACGGCAUCCAUCUCGCCGUGGGUUACGAGGACGGCGCUGUGCGGAUCUUCAGCCUGCUGAACGGCGAGAGCAACGUCUCCUUCAACGGCCACAAGACGGCCGUCAGCGCCAUGCACUACGACUCACUCGGGGCUCGGCUCGUCACUGGAUCCAGGGACACAGAUGUGAUCGUGUGGGACAUCAUCAAUGAGUGUGGGCUGUACAGGCUGAGAGGACACAAAGACGUCAUCACUGAGGCCUUGUUCCUCAAAGACAAGAACAUCCUGGUCACCAGCUCCAAGGACAGUUUUGUGAAGUGGUGGGAUCUGGACACACAGCACUGCUUCAAGACCAUGGUGGGCCAUCGCAGUGAGGUGUGGGGCAUGGUGCUGCUGAACCAGGAGAGCAGGCUGCUCACAGGAUCAGCUGACAGCGAGCUCAGAGCCUGGGACAUCGACUACCUGCAGGAGGAGAAAGCUGAGGGGGAGACCAAAGUGAAGAAGGGGAAAACUCUGCUGGAUGAUGAUGAUGAUGAUGAAGACAAUAAGGAAGAGUUGGAUGAAAGUCCUGAGGAGCGGAUCCUGAGCUGUAGGAAAGCCGGCUCCAUCCUGAGAGAGGCUCGGGACCGAGUGGUGUCUCUGACAGCGGACGCUAAAGCCAGAGUCAUCGCCUGCCAUGGCAAUGACUCAGUCCUGGAGAUCUUCACUGUGCUGUCAGAGGAGGAAGUGCAGAAGAAAAUGACCAAAAAGACGAAGAAAGCCAAAAAGAAGGCGGCAAAAGCUCAGGAGGAAGCAGCAGAGGAGGAGGAGGCAGCGGUGCCGCUGGUGGAGAGGACGCUGAAUGACGAGAUCCUCAGACUGACCAAAAUUAAGGCGUCCGCCAAGAUCAGAUGGGUGGACUGCCUGUCCUGUGUGGGAGGCGAGCUGAAGGUGGCGCUGCUGCUGCAGAACAACACGGUGGAGACGUACAGCCUGAAGACUUCAGACAAGAUGCCCACAGCCAAUAAGACGUCCCGCCUCACACUGGGCGGACACCGCACCGACGUCCGCACGCUGGCCUUCAGCUCCGACAACCUGGCCGUCCUCUCGGCCUCCGGGGACACCGUCAAAGUCUGGAACAGGUCCACUCUGCAGGUGAUCCGCACCAUGGUCUGUGAAUACGCUCUCUGCUCGCUCUUCGUGCCCGGAGACAGGCAGAUCAUCCUGGGAACCAAGAGCGGGAAACUGCAGAUCUUUGAGCUGGCCUCUGGGAGCCUCCUGGAGACGGUGGACGCUCACAGUGGAGCUCUGUGGUCCCUGUGCCUCGCCCCGGACCAGAGGGGGAUUGUCACAGGAAGUGCAGAUAAGAAGGUGAAGUUCUGGGAGUUUGAGCUGAUAAAGGACGAAGGAAGCGGUAGCGGACAGAAGCGGCUGACACUGAAUCACACACGCACGCUGCAGCUGGAGGAAGACAUUCUGUGUGUGAAGUUUUCUCCUGACAACCGCCUGCUGGCCGUCUCUCUGUUGGACUGCACCGUCAAAGUCUUCUACACAGACACUCUGAAGUUCUUCUUGUCUCUGUAUGGACACAAGCUGCCUGUACUCUGUCUGGACAUCUCACAUGACAACACACUAAUCGCCACGGGCUCCGCAGACAGGAACGUGAAGAUCUGGGGUUUGGACUUCGGAGACUGUCACCGCUCUAUGUUUGCUCACGACGACAGCGUCAUGUUCCUCCAGUUUCUCCCCAAGACUCACCUGUUCUUCACAGCAGGGAAGGACAAGAAGAUCAAGCAGUGGGACGCCGACAAGUUUCAGCUCGUCCAGACUCUAGAGGGCCAUCAUCGGGAGGUUUGGUGUCUGACCAUCAGCCCAAACGGAGACCACAUCGUGUCGGCAUCUCACGACAAAUCCCUGCGUCUGUGGGAGAGGACGAGGGAGCCCAUCAUCCUGGAGGAGGAGCGAGAGAUGGCGAGAGAAGCAGAGUUUGAGGAGGACAUGGCCAAAGGAGAUGCGCCUGUGGUUCCUGGAGAGACGGAAGGAGAGGCAGCACCAGCCGCCAAGAAGACCGUGGAGACAGUCAAAGCUGCAGAGCGAAUCAUGGAGGCUCUGGAGAUUUACCGAGAGGAAAGCAGGAAGAUGGAGGAGCAUAAAUAUGCCUGUCAGAAUGCAGCUAACAAGAUUCCUCCACCGAAACCCAAUCCUAUCCUCGUGGCCUUUGGAAACGUCUCACCUUCCCAAUAUGUUUUGGACGUCAUAAAGAAGGUCAGAUCAAGUGAGCUGGAGGUCUCUCUGCUGGUCUUACCGUUCCCGUACGUCCCCGAGCUGCUGAGGCUGUUCAACAGCUACAUCCAUCAGGGCCUGGAGGUGGAGCUGGUCUGCCGCUGCCUCUUCUUCCUGCUCAAGAUCCACUUUGGUCAGAUCUCCAGUAACCAGAUGAUGCUGUCCGUCAUAGAUGAGCUACGGACAAAUACUGUUACAAAAGUGCGAGAAAUCCGAGAUGUGAUGGGCUUUAACAGCGCGGCGCUCCAGUUCCUGCAGCGGGAGAUCGAGAGCAAGGAGGACGUGAUGUUCUUCACCGACGCCACAGGCCAACUGGAGGAGAAGAAGAGGAAGAGGAGGAGGAGGGAGCGGGCCAUCCUGACCAUCGCUUGAAUCUAAAUGGACAUAUUUGUGACUGUUUGUGUGUAAACAUCUCCUCCCAGAGGGUUUAUCUGUAUUGUAUGUAACCCUGAUUGGAUGUAACGCAGUGUUAUGCAGUGGCACGCUUCAUUUCCCAAAUAAACGGUCUGACUUUUUCUCACA